AUGGAGCAGGCGCUGCAGCAGCUGUGGUCGGAGCUCCUCAGUCUCCCCGUAGAGGACAUUGGCACGCAGGACCGAUUCUUCCAUCUCGGAGGAAACUCGGUUGCGGCCAUGCAGCUGGUUGCCAGCGCGCGCCAGCAGGCGAUCCGACUCACCGUCUCGGACAUCUUUCAUCUGCCCCAGCUCGCGCACAUGGCCGAGGCCGCACAGUGGGUGGACCAGGAAGAUGACAGCAGCGGCCUCGCACCGUUCGAAUUGCUGCCGGAAGAAGCCUCCGCCCUCCUAGAAGAGGCUGCCACUCACGCCUCAACGAGUGUGGACCAGCUCGAGGACGUGUACCCUUGCACCCCCAUGCAGGAAGGGCUGAUGGCGCUCUCCGAGAAGCAGUCGGGGGCGUACAUCAACCAGAACGUGUUUACCCUGCCGCAAAACAUCGACAUGGACCGAUACAAGGCAAGCUGGCAGUCGGUUGUCAAUUCGCAUCCCAUUCUGCGCACCCGGAUUGUCUUUUUACCCCAGGUUGGGACCUGCCAGGCUGUGCUGCGACCGGCGCCCAUCGACUGGCGCACGGGCCCCAGUCUCGACCAGUUCCUCGUCGGCGACAAGGAGCAGGAAACGGGCUUCGGACGCAGCCUGGUCCGAUUUGCGAUUGUCGACGGGCAUUUUGUUUGGACAAUUCACCAUGCUCUCUACGAUGGAUGGACUGUUGCGUUGUUGGUGGGAGAAGUUGAGAAUAUAUAUCGCAAGAGCACGGCUGUUCGAUCGACCCCAACCCCUUACUCGCACUUCAUUCGCUACCUCAACAAUGUCGAUAUUGCCGCCGAGGACCAUUAUUGGAAGACACAGCUGGCCGGGGCGACAGUGUCGAGCUUCCCCCGCCAACAACAUCACGCUCGAUCCGAGUUCAAGGGACCUCGAAGCUCCGCGUGCAGAUCCCCUCCACGCCUGGGUUUGGACUCACCGAAACGACCCUCAUCCGAGCUGCAUGGGCCGUUGUGUCGGCGGCGUAUAGCGGCGCCGAGAGUCGAGCCUUUGGCGUGA